GCUUCCGGCUGGGAAUCCUAGGAUUAUGAGGGGCAGCCUGUGUGUGAGAGGGGAGUGGGAGGGGCAGCAAAGCAGGGUACAGACGAGUCGCCGCGCUGCGUGCAUGCGAGGCAAAGCUCGGGCAUACGUGAGCUUGGGGAAAAGGGGGGACCGAGCGCGCAGCGCAGGGCUCCUUCGCAUGUUGAGCUGUUAUUUUGGGUCCUCGCUCUUGUCAUGGGACUAGAGCAGAAAUCGGGGCUGCACUGCCACCUCUGGUUUGCAGCCUCAUAAACCUCGUCUCACUUGGGCUCCAGUCGAUCUUGCUCCCCGCACGCGCCGGCCGCUGCCCCUCUCCGUCUUCUUGGGAGGAGAGUGCCUGCUGCUACCCCGGGAACCGCGCCACCCCCAGUGGAACCAUGGCAUCGGGCAGGAGGGGCUGGGACAACAGCCGCGAGGAUGAUCUGCCGGUCUACCUGGCCAGGCCAGGUACCACGGACCAGAUCCCCCGACAGAAGUAUGGGGGCAUGUUCUGCAACGUGGAGGGCGCCUUCGAGAGCAAGACGCUGGAUUUCGAUGCCCUGAGCGUAGGGCAGCGAGGGGCGAAGACCCCGAGGAGCAGCCAAGGCAGCGUAGGCAGCGGGGGGAGCCGGCCGGUGGCGGCUGAGCCAGACACCCCCCGGAGGAGCCAAGCCCGGGAGGACUGCCGAGAUGCCCCCGCUCCAGCCCUCAGCGGGGUGGAGAUUCGCAGUGCUUCUGGCAAGGAGGUGUUGCAGAACCUCGACCCCAAAGAUAAGAGUGACCGUCUUCUUAUUAAAGGGGGCAGAAUAGUCAACGAUGACCAGUCCUUUUAUGCGGACAUCUACAUGGAAGAUGGCUUAAUCAAGCAAAUUGGAGACAAUCUGAUUGUACCUGGAGGAGUGAAGACCAUUGAAGCUCACGGGAAGAUGGUAAUCCCCGGAGGCAUAGAUGUUCAUACUCACUUCCAGAUGCCAUACAAGGGAAUGACCACGGUAGAUGACUUCUUCCAAGGGACUAAAGCUGCCUUAGCUGGUGGGACCACCAUGAUCAUCGACCACGUGGUCCCCGACCCAGAAUCUAGCCUGACUGAAGCCUAUGAGAAGUGGCGAGAGUGGGCAGAUGGGAAGACCUGCUGUGACUACUCCUUGCAUGUGGACAUCACUCACUGGAACGACAGCGUCAAGCAAGAAGUCCAGAGCCUCAUCAAGGACAAAGGCGUCAACUCCUUCAUGGUUUACAUGGCUUACAAGGAUUUGUAUCAGGUCUCCAACACAGAGCUCUAUGAGAUCUUUAGCUGCCUCGCAGAGCUGGGUGCCAUCGCCCAGGUUCAUGCAGAAAAUGGAGAUAUCAUCGCGCAGGAACAAACCCGGAUGUUGGAGAUCGGAAUAACUGGCCCCGAAGGCCAUGUGCUGAGUAGACCAGAGGAGCUGGAAGCCGAGGCUGUUUUUCGGGCGAUCACCAUUGCCAGUCAAACCAACUGCCCUCUCUAUAUCACCAAGGUCAUGAGCAAGAGUGCUGCAGACAUCAUCUCCCAAGCCCGGAAGAAAGGAAAUGUGGUAUUCGGCGAACCCAUCACAGCCAGCCUUGGCACAGAUGGGACACACUAUUGGAGCAAGAACUGGGCCAAAGCUGCUGCUUUUGUGACAUCUCCCCCACUGAGCCCGGACCCUACCACUCCGGACUACAUCAACUCCUUGUUGGCAAGUGGGGACCUGCACCUCGCUGGGAGCGCCCACUGCACGUUCAGCACGGCUCAGAAGGCGAUUGGGAAGGACAAUUUCACUGCCAUACCCGAGGGCACCAAUGGGGUGGAAGAGCGCAUGUCUGUCAUCUGGGAUAAAGCUGUGGCGACUGGGAAAAUGGAUGAAAACCAGUUUGUAGCUGUGACAAGUACCAAUGCCUCCAAGAUCUUCAACUUGUACCCUCGGAAGGGGAGAAUAUCUGUGGGUUCUGACAGUGACCUGGUCAUUUGGGAUCCGGAUGCUGUGAAGAUUGUUUCAGCCAAGAACCAUCAGUCGGCUGCAGAAUACAACAUCUUUGAAGGGAUGGAGCUGCGAGGAGCACCCCUAGUGGUCAUUUGCCAGGGCAAGAUCAUGCUGGAGGAUGGCAAUCUUCAUGUGACCCAGGGGGCUGGGCGCUUCAUCCCAUGUAGCCCCUUCUCUGACUUUGUCUAUAAGCGCAUUAAAGCUCGGAGGAAGAUGGCUGAAAUGCACGCUGUGCCGAGGGGCAUGUAUGAUGGGCCGGUGUUUGAUUUGACCACCACUCCCAAAGGAGGCACCCCUGCAGGCUCCACCAGGGGGUCGCCCACUCGCCAGACUCCUCCAGUGAGAAAUCUUCAUCAGUCAGGAUUCAGCCUGUCAGGUACACAGGUGGAUGAAGGCGUCCGCUCUGCCAGCAAGCGCAUUGUGGCACCUCCCGGAGGCCGUUCUAAUAUAACGUCCCUGAGUUAAGUAGCCCCAAAGAGGAUGAGAAACGAGAAAAGAAUUUCAAAGCCAAAAUGGUACAUUGGUAUUUAAGAAAGAAAGUGAAUCCAAACCGUUCCAAUCUGAAGAAUCAAUAAGCCUUCAAGCCUUAUUUUUUUUUCUCCCAAUGCUACUCGCUUGCCUAGCUUUAAGAGUAUCCCUUCAUUUUCUGUUGGGUUUUUUUUUUUGCAUAGCCUUGAGAGUUUUUUUCCCCUCUUCUACAUGCAUGCAAUAAGAUGAGUCACUAAGUUAAGAGUCUGUAACCUACAUAUGUGUUGCGCUUGUGUACUGCUGAGUUAUACGACGGGGAUAGACAAAGCUGGGAGGACAGGGAACCAAAAAGAUAGAACGAAAGGGAAACAGGCCGCUUGGGGUGGAAGGGUGGUGGGAGCCCUGGCAGAGGGCAGCGGGUGGGCUGAGUGCGGGAGGUGGGUGGGCCAGGGGGAAGGAAAAGGGGAUGUUGUGUAUUGUGUUGAGUACUUCUGUUUCCAAUGAAGCCGGUCGGGCACGGCCGUUGUCAUCACCUCAUCACAUCAUGGUACCACGGGGCCUCCGGAGAAGGCAAGCGAUUUCUGUCACGUAGCCUUUGUUACGUUGCUUCUUAAUCUGACUUGUGUUACUUUGUACAUUUUAUUAAAAAAUGAAAGGCAAUCACUUCUCUCCA